AUGGGUUCUGAGGUCAUACAUGAAUUGCUACUGAGUUUUGUUGAAGCUGGAGCUAAUGUGUUGAGACUAAAAGGAAGGGGGUUUCUUGGACCUGCUUUCUUCCUCACUCAGUUGAGCCAUAUUAAUUCUCCUGCAAUGGCUGUUCUAUGUAUGGCAUGCAGUCAGGGAAUUGAUGCAUUCUCACAAUCUGGUCUAUAUUCAAACCAUCAAGAUAUUGCUCCACGAUAUUCUGGUGUCUUGCUUGGUCUGUCCAAUACUGCAGGAGUGCUCGCCGGCGUCUUUGGAACGGUAUCGACUGGCUACAUCUUGCAACAUGUAGAAGUGGGAAGAACAUCAUUGAGCCUAGUGAGCAUGAAAGGUGCUGUCACAAAGUUCCCUAUGGUUAUUUUCGGGGAAGCUGCAGUUGUGCAGCCAGCAUAA